AAGAAAGCUAAUAAUAUAUUCGCAAAAUAAACAAAUAUCAUUAGCUCCAAAGAAGUGUACUUUUAAUUUAAUAGCAAUAAUAGUGAAAUAGCAAAGUUUCGUUACAACUCAAUCAAGAACGUUACACGGCAAAAUUUUACGACAAAAAAAACAUUUUAAAAGUAAAUUUAAAAGAUUUAUAGUGUCUCUCUAACAAAAGUACCAAAUAUGUUGUAACUUCUUCAAUUCACACAAGUUGAUCCAAUAGUGUUGCCAUAAAAGAGACAAACUAAUAAAAAGUAUCAAAUAGUUUUUAUUUGCUGUGAAUAAUAAAAAUUGACACGCCAUCAUGACGAUGUUACCACAUCCAUUCUACAAAAAAUCCAGUGAUUUUCCGGUACCUGAAGACAAAGUCAAAGUCGUUGAUGAAUUUCACAAAUGGAUCAAAGAUCAAGAACGCUUCCCAAACUACUCACGUGAACAUGCCCAUUUAUUCCUUCAUGCCUGCAUCUGGGACAUGCCAGCUGCCAAAAAAGCGAUACAAAAAUACGGCAGCAUACGACUCAAUUCUCCCGAUGUCUUUGGGGAUCGGGAUCCAAUGUUGCCCGAGAUGCAGUUCGUUUACGAGAACGCUUACAUGAUUUCACUUCCAAAACUCACACCCGAAGGAUAUCGCUUACUGGUCUACCGUUUGCGACACACAGACCCAUCGAAAGUGAAUUUCGGGGAAGCGACAAAGGCUUUUUGCAUGUUCAAUGAUGUCCAAAUAUCGGAAGAUGGUCCCAUCAAUGGGUACGUUGUCAUUUUCGACAUGAAAGGUGUGCGAUUGGGACAUUUGGCGAAGGUUCAAUUUGGACCCUUGCGUACUUUUAUGAACUACAUCCAAGAAGCACAUCCCGUGCGUCUAAAGAAAAUUUAUAUUGUACAUACAGCUUCGUUCAUCAAUCAAAUUAUGGCUCUCGUAAGGCCUUUGAUCAAAUCAGAGCUCCUUGGAUUACUGAAAUUCACGACAAACGGACCCUCGGAGUUCUUUGGGCCGGAAUAUCUGCCAGAAGAUUAUGGCGGCGAAUUGAAGUCCAUCGAGGAGUUCCACGUAGAACAAAGGAAAUUCAUCGAGACAGAAUAUCGUGAUUGGCUCAUUGAUACCAAUAACUUGAGAGACGCGCCAAAAGACAAGAAGGCUGGUUACUUGAGUUCGAAAAUUACGUCAUUCAAGAGCUUAGAAAUCGAUUAAAGAACAAAAAAUUGUUUACAUGGGAAAUGUUUGUAAUUCUUAAACAUUAAUAAAUAAUUUAGGGGCCGGAAUCAAGCACAAUUUUUUUUAUUGAAUUUUAUCAUGUACGAGUAAUUUUUUUU